GUGGCUCCGGAAAGACCACUCUAUUGAAUGUAUUGACGACAAGAAAUUUACGGCAACUGUCCGUCAAUGGAGUGGUAUUCAUGAAUGGACAGGCAGUCAAUCAACAGACCAUUGCAUCCAUGUCCUCGUAUAUACAACAACACGAUUUGUUUCAACCCAUGCUUACAGUCAGAGAGCACCUCAUGUUUCAGGUAUUGUUAAGAAUGGAUAAGAAUUUAAAUACAAAUGAGAGACAAGAUUGCAUUCAAAGAAUUAUAGACAAGUUUAAUUUAGCGAAAUGUGCGGAAACAAGGAUUGGAGACAAAAAUCAUUUUAAAGGCAUUUCCGGCGGAGAAAUGAAAAGACUGUCCAUUGCUUCAGAAGUCCUCACAAACCCUUCGCUAAUGUUUUGCGAUGAGCCGACCACUGGUUUGGACUCAUUUAUGGCCAAAAGUAUAGUACAAGUGCUGAAGACUAUGGCGUUGGAGGGACGGACUAUCAUCUGUACUAUACAUCAGCCCUCGUCUCAAGUGUUUGAACUCUUCGACAGUCUAUUACUUAUGGCCGACGGAAGGGUAGCUUUCAUGGGGUCCAUCGGUGACGCCAAGAAUUUCUUUUCAUCGCAAGGAUUAGACACCACUCGAGGAACGCCUACAUUCAAUAUACCGAUACUGGGAUCGGGCUAUAAGGCUGGCUAUUGGCAACAAUUUGUGACACUAUUGUGGCGCUCGUAUGUAACCCUAAUCCGUAAUCCCCGAUUGCUACUAGACCGAUUGGUUAUGUAUUUGAUUAAUGUAUUCUGGGUGGGCAUUAUGUUUUAUAAUAUUGGACACGCCUACUCCGAUGCGAGUACUAUCAUGGGAGCACUUAUUAUGGUUAUGGGAACCAGUUGUAUACCACCCAUAUAUUUUGCUUUAGUG